AUGGACGUGGUCAUAAAAUGGCCUGGAAGUGUGCAUGACGCGCGCGUCUUUGCCAAUUCAAAAGUGAACACCUACUUGAAGACAGGAAAGAUACCUUCGUUGGAAAAGCGAAUAGUGGAUGAAGAGGAUCCCAUACCGGUCUUUCUGUUAGGAGACCCUGCCUACCUCCUUCUCCCUUACCUUAUGAAGGAAUACUCAGGUGUCUUUGAUAUGAACAUGGAAGUGGAACAGACAAACCCAAGCAGCCAUCAUGAGGAUCAAGCUGGUGACAAUGACCGAAGCAACUGGCGUAGACGCUUACGACUCAGGAAAUCCUCAGCUUUGUUUCCCACUGUGAAAGGUCCAAUUGAACAGCAGAAAGUUGAUAAAGAAUUGACCAAGAAGUCAUCACAAAACGAACAAAAGGAUCACCAAGUAGUGGACACUGUGAGCAGCAAGCUAGCAUUUACUUGCUCUGAUUGCAAGGAUGGCACAACAUUUAGUCCAGAUGGUUUAUUAAAACACUUUAAAAACUUUCAUGGAGGUAAAGGGUGCCCAUCGUCUUUUCCUUGCAACAUGUGCAGUUUUGUUGAUUCUGACUUUACUACCCUGCAGCAGCAUUACCUGAAACACAAACACUCUCGGCUUCCAUGUGAGACGUGCAAUGACAAAGGCUUGCAAACGCCAUCCCAACUCACAAAACAUUGUAAAAUGCACAACAGUCAAUAUCAAUGUGAAAAGUGCAAGUUUUCUACAAAGGGGUUCACACCUUUUCUACAUAACUCUUGUCCACACAGCACUGUACCAGCUAUAGAUAGUAGUGAAAAGUCUGGUGUUAAGACCAUGAAUGGUGAACUGAAUGGGAAUCUUUUGGCUGAUGCUGCAGGUGAACCCCAGAAAGAUGCGCUACUAAAGCACAUGACUCCUACCUGCCAUCGAGGGUGGAGCAGAAGGAACUGGUGGAAAAAUAGAGAUGUUUCCCCAAAACAACCCAAACGUAGUUCUCCAGAUAACAAAUUCCUGAUUCCAAAAUCAGAAAUUCAGUGGACAUCUGCAAAAUACCUGCCUUUCUCAGCUGCAGGUUUACUUGAUGAACAUGGUGAACUACUAAAUCCAACACGGACCUUAGAGGAAACUAAGCAGUUUUUGGAAAGGACAGUUAACUGUGGAACAAAAUGGCCACUGACUCUAAAAUGUGAACCAGAUCUCUCAUCUCUGUCCUGUCCCGGGCCCUUUCUCUCUGAAUCAAAGAUGCACCGAUGUGUCACACCACUUCCUGUACUGAAUUCUGAGAAUGAACUUUCUGGUCUCAUGGAGAAGAACAAUAUCUCAGUUCCACCUGAUUGCACUACAAAGGUUGUUGGUUUCAAGAUGGUGGAUGGAAAAAAGCAUCUUGUUGUUAAAGUCCUUCCUUCAACCAAGCCAGAGGUUUCUUCAGACACAGCAGAAGAAUCUGCAGAAUUAAACCAGGAAGUAAGAAAUAAUACACAAUUAGACCCUCAUAUUGAGAGACCCAGUGAUCCAAUGUGUAGUGAAUCAGGCAACAUUAUCGCUGCAGAUUCCACAAUCAACAGCUAUGAUUCUACCUCAACCUCAUACCAGCCCAAAGAACAAGGACUUGGUGAAGAAAAAGACCAAGAUACGAUAGGAGAUGCUCCUCAGGUUGAUAACACUGACAAUGACUGUAGCAAUGACCAAUGUGCAAUCAGUGAAAGUCCUGAUGCGCCUGCACAACUCACUCUCUCAGGAAUAGAGGAGGUUUUUCAUGUAGUAAAUCAGACUGAAAAACCAGCAUCUCCUGAGCUAAUGUUUAACUCUAAUGACGCAAUUGACCUCAAUGAAGAAAAUGUAGAUGUGCCAAGGGAAGUACGUUCCAUCAGAGAGGCAUAUAUCCCAACUCUGCAAACAGAUAUGCAGGAGAUAAGUGACCCACACACAGACUAUCAAGAAAAAGCAGCAAGUGAUCAUGAAGAAAUUAAUUCUGAACCUUCUACAAGUCAAGAUGAUAUGAGUUGUGUUGAAGCUCGGUCUUCCAGUACCUCAUCUGAUUUUGGCAGCAUGGAAGAGGGAAUAAACUCUCAGCUCUUACCCUUGAUGUCUGAGAAAGACAGAAGCCCCGAUAUCUACGUGAACAACAUGGAUAAAAUAUCAGGGGAAGAAGCAACUAUAAUACAACCAUCUCUGGAGUCCUGGAAUGAACAGAAAAUGGAGAAAGGUCUAAACUCUCCCACAAGUCAAAAUGGAGUAGCCAUGUUAGAAUCUAAUAUUAUUGAUCCAGUUGUAGCAUCCCCUCACAAAAAUACUACUGACUCUCUGUUUAUUUCCCCACAUGAACAUGGAAGCCUGUUUUUCCAAGACAGUGGAGAUGAGAACACAAACAACAUAGACCCUAGAUAUGCUCAUAUCCCACUAGAUCAGAAGUGUACAGUGGAAACUGUAGAGGAACCUUCCUUCCCACAGUUACCGCUUGAAGACUCUUGCCAUAAUCCAGACCUGCAUCAAACACUCGAAGAGCUGCCUGAUACUACAGUAAGCCAUUUGCUUGAUGAUUCUGAAGUUACAUACAGAGGUAUUACCUCUCAGUUUGAACCAGUGAGCAUGACUACCCAGAACGUGGAUAUGCACUCAUCCAAAGCCAUACCAGUAGCAGCAGUGACUAAUGACAAGGCCUCUUCACAACUACCAUUAAUGACUGAACCUACUAUCAGCACGAGGAGACGGCAAGAACCAACCACAAAAGACUCUCAGGGACGCAUUUCAAAAUCUAAACGAAGGCUUGCUCGAAAUUCUCAAGAAAGCAAGUCAUCAGCAUUUAUCCCUUACUGGGAACCGCUUCCUCCAGAAAUGGAAAGGACUCUGCGACUCAUUCCUGUUAGUUCCUCACAGCCUGUAAAAGUACCACGUUUAAACCAGCCUGUGGUCGUCCUCAAUCACCCAGACACAGAUAUUCCUGAAGUGGCAAACAUUAUGAGAUCAGUUCACAGACACCGAGGAGCUGUGCAAAAGGUUGUCCUUUCUCAGGGAACUCUAAAAGCCCUUUCAGAGCUUAACUGUGACACAUUGCGUAAUAUAUGUGUUGGCAACUUGCAGUCGUCUCACUACAGAAGAGCGUGGCCUCAAGGAACAGUUAAAGAAAGGUUUAUCCUUAAUCUGAAGCUGAAGAGGUUAGGUGGGAAUAAGUUUAAGGUGGCAAAUCUAAGCUCUAAUGCCAACCAGCUUAAGUCAAGCUUCAGAUGCUGGUUUUGUGGCCGCCUCUUUAGAAACCAGGAGGUGUGGGUAGGCCAUGGUCAGAGGCAUAUUAUGGAGGCUACACGAGACUGGAACAAGUUAUUCAGCAGUGAAGAGCAGGAUAAUGGCGUAGAUCAACUAUCUUACUAUUGAGCUUGUGUGAUUCCUUCGUAUUGCUUUAUGCAGGCCAUUUUUUGUGCAUUGAUUGUUCUAGAAGAUUUUGAGUAGGCUGGAACAAGGUUUAUCCAUGCACAGCUCAGGGUUUGAAAAACAGGUCAGGUAAUGUCUGUUUCUGGAUUUUUGAGCUUUAUCAGCAUGUCACUCGUAGUGUUGGGUUGAUAAACCAUCUCAGGGACAGUUGGCCAACCGAAACAGAAUUAUUUAUUUGUUCUUUUUACUUUGGUGUCAGUGUAUGCUAUUGUAAAAGCAAUAUACAUUAUUUAUAUAAUGAUUUCAAAUGCACUUGUUUAUAACAUGGAAUGACUAAAAUGAAAUAGCAUUGCUGUAGAAUUUAUUUAACUGCUCUAAAAGCAGCACUAUCUGUUGUAUUUAUUUAUAGCUUUAAUUGCUUCCAGAUAGACUGAAGAUAUUUUUUUUGUUGAAUCUGCUGAUAAAUAUAUUAAGAGAUAUUUGACGAAAAUUCAUCGUUUUUUGCAUUAAUUUAAUAUCCAAUAAUUGCUUACUGGUUUUAAGCAAGCAGCCUCAUGUCUUUGCCAGUGAGUGUUUUACCGAGUCUUUGCAAAGACAAAAUUAUUUAUUUAUUUAGACAAACACAAAUGCAUUUGAGGUAUUUGCUGUUGGAUAUGUAACCUUAACAGAUGUAUGUUUUGCUGUGACAAUCAAAUUUUGACAAAUCAGCUGUAAAGAUUCCCUGAAAUUGUGAUAUUUAACGACUACAGCUUUUCUUUAUAAUGUUAUCAUUGUCUUGUGUACCAAAUAUGUUGUGUCGUCCCCCCCCCCCCCCCCCCCCCCAUGCUCUUGUAGUUCAGCUGAAUUCAAGAUGCUGCCGUUAAAAAGAUUUCAUCAUCCCUGGUUUGUAAUGGCAUCAGUGUUAUCAUGAAGUCAAUGAAGUCCCUUUCAGCUCCGUUGGGCUACUCUUAUUCAAGGAGUGAGCACUCUCUGUAUAGAUCUCCACAUGGUAACCUUUAUGUUGUAUUUAUCUCAUCUCUGAAAAGUGUUGCAAAGAGAGAUGAAUUUGGUUACUUAUAUUUAUCUUAUUAAUUGGCUGCCUGAACAGUUUGUGAUGGAGUGGUUAUUAAUUGUAGCACUUAAUUACUUAUAUUAAUGUGAUCACUUCAGCUUGAAUUCCACAAUCCAGCCCAAGUCAGAUUCCAUUUUCAUCUGUCAUCCCUCUUAUUUGACUAGAAAUGUAAACCUUGUUAUUUUUUUUUCCUUCUAAAUUUAAAAGCACUGGUGAAAUGCUUGUAAAAUAUUCCUAAAUCAUGUACUACAUAAACA